AUGGACAUGCUUCAGAGUGACUCCGAUUGGGAGAGUUCCAGUGACAGUGGCAGCAGCAGCGAGGACAUGGAGGAACUCGAGUUUGGGUAUGGAGGACAAGCACACAGCAUUCUGUCUUGCCUCGACGAGAGCAUAGGCAAGAUUGAUGAUUUCCUCUCCUCCGAGCAUGGCUUUGUCUGUGGAGACAUCGUCAGCUCAGUAACUGAUAAAUCCGGACAAACAGGCAGAGUUGUGAAUGUGACAAUGUUGGUCGAUCUUGAAAGUCUCUAUGGGAGAGUCAUAAAGAACAUGGACUCCAAGAAACUCUCGAAAAUCCGGUCCAUUUCUGUGGGAGACAACGUGAUUCAAGGGCCGUGGAUUGGAAGAGUUGGCAAAGUAAUCGACAGCAUCACAAUUCUGUUUGAUGAUGGAAUGAUUUGCGAGAUAGAUGGAACAGACCAAGAAAAGCUGGUCCCACUUCCUCCAAACUUACUCGAAGACCCAUUGUAUCCCUAUUAUCCAGGACAGCGAGUACAAGUUCGGAUCCCCACUGCUGCUUCUCGGUCAACUCGAUGGCUGUGCAAUGAAUGGAAGGAAAAUCACGGUAUGGGGACCAUCUCUGCUGUGAACGCAGGCACCGUGCAUGUCGAAUGGCUUGCUUGUGCACUUGGUGGUUGUGAUGAAGUUAGCCCUCGGACAUCUCCUCCACCUGUUCAACAUGCGAAUGACUUGACCUUGUUGCCGCUAUUUCUGCAUGAGAACUGGCAGCUUGGUGACUGGUGCAGAGUUCCUGCUGUUGACACAAAGGAAAUAUUUGUUAUUGGGAAAACGAAGACAACAGUUGAUAUUGCAUGGCAGGAUGGUACGAGCUCAUUUGGUUUAUACUCACAGUCUCUACUCCCUGUGAAUGUUGUCAAUGCUCAUGAAUUCUGGCCUGGGCAGUUUGUUCUCGAGAAGAGUGCAAAUGAUGAUGAACCGCCUGCUUCUGGUGGCCAAAAAUGGGGUAUUGUGAGUGCUGUGGAUGCAAAAGAACAUACGGUCAAGGUGAAGUGGAAAUCUUUUGUGGACAUGAGUGAUGCAGGGAGUGAUCAGGUGGAAGAAGUUGUAAGUGCAUAUGAAUUAGCUGAACAUCCAGAUUACUCAUACUGUUAUGGAGAAAUUGUGUUUAGAGCCCAUGUUGAUGAUCAUCCUUCUGAAGAUUACACAUCAUGCAUUGGUUUCGUAUCGGGGUUUAAAGAUGAUGGCAUUGAAGUGACUUUUGCUUCUGGCGCUGAAAUCACUGUUGUUCCAAGUGACAUUUUUCGGGCUGAGAAACAUGAGGGUUCUACUGGGAUUCCCUUCCAAGACCACGCUGUCGAGGACCUGAGCCAAGUGGCAGUAGACCGUGGAAAACAACUUGUUGACCAUGCUGAUUCACCAGAUCCCAACGGAAAGGGAGAGGAUAGCAAUAACCAUCCCUGGGAGUCUAGUUCUUCGUAUUUUCUUCAUCCGUCCACUUUUGGAAUCUUGACUAGCAUAGCAGCAAGGAUAUUUGGAUCUUUCACUUCCUCAUCAAUGCCUAAUCCUUGCUGUGUUGCUGAAGAUGGAGAUCAACUCGAGCAAUUUGAAAAGGAACGAGUACCUGGAACUUAUUGUGGUCUCUCCACAGACAUGAAACCCUUGGUGGCAGUUGAGAUGCAGAGAUUCGAAACGGCUUGCCCAGAGCAAGAAACUGUUGACGUUGACGAAAACGAAGGAUUUAAAAGCUCCUCUGCCACACAGAGUUGUGAUUUGUUCAGGAAAUUUGAUAUGGUUAAUGAUUGCUCUGACCAUCACUUUGUUGAUGGUGCAGGCAAAGAAAUGACGAUGUCUCAGGUGAAAAGAAGUUGGUUGAAGAGGGUACAGCAGGAAUGGAGUAACCUAGCAGAAAAUCUUCCUGAAUCCAUCUAUGUCCGGAUCUAUGAGGAGAAGAUAAAUCUCCUUCGAGCAGCCAUUGUUGGAGCACCCGGUACUCCAUAUCACAAUGGCCUUUUCUUCUUCGACAUAUAUCUCCCUGCCCAGUAUCCCCAUGAACCACCCCUGGUGCACUAUCGUUCUGGUGGGCUCCGCAUCAACCCCAAUCUAUACGAGUCAGGAAAAGUCUGUCUCAGUCUCCUAAACACAUGGACAGGCACAGGCACUGAAGUCUGGAAUCCAGAGAGCUCCAAUGUUCUUCAAGUUCUUCUCUCCCUCCAGGCCCUCGUCCUGAACGAAAAACCUUACUUUAACGAAGCUGGCUAUGAUAACCAGAUCGGUAAAGCUGAGGGAGAGAAGAACUCAGUAAGCUACAACGAGAAUGCCUUCCUUGUGACCUGGAAGUCUAUGCUUUACUUGCUUCGCAAGCCACCAAAGCAUUUUGAGGCACUCGUGGAGGAGCACAUCAAGCAACGUUCGCACGACAUUCUGGUGUCCUGCAAGGCGUACCUGGAUGGAGGAGAACCGAUCUUAGCAGAUGGGCAGCUUGGAGCGCAAGGAACUCGAAAGGGGAGCUCUGAUGGAUUCAAGAUCAUGCUUGCUAAGCUCUUCCCGAAGCUCGUCGAAGCCUUCUCUGUCAAAGGAAUCGAAUGCAGCCAGUUCCUGGAGCCCGAGAAAUGA